UAGAGAUUGCGGAUUUGGAUGAUGAGUUCAAGGCAGAGAGGAUGGUGGAGAACUUGAGAUGGGUUGGAAUGUCAACCAAAAAUACGGAUAAGAGCUUUAUGGAAGAUCAAAAGAUUGUUCCUAUUGAGGAUAUUACAAAUUUCCAAAUAAAUAAGGAAGACAAUGACGUGCAAGCAGAAUCUGUGCAGCACCAGAGCAACGACAUGAAUGACUUCUCAUUGGGAUUCAUCAAUUAUGAUGAACCAAAUGAGAACUUCAUAGAUGAAGGUACCCCCAUGGAUGACUAUUCAAGCUCUCCAAGCUGCUUUGAGGUUGUUGAGGAAGUAAAAGUCAGCCACGGAAGUGUUUGUGGUCGCAGCAAGCAGCUGAGACAUUCUUUCACCAGAUAG